AUGGCGUCAGCCGCUCAGUCCCCAGAACCAAGCACUACCUCGAACAACCAGAGCAUCGCCCCUAGGACACCGGGUGGUCCCAGUGACCAGCGACAGGACCACGUCGUCGUCGUCGCCCUGCUCGUCGAGCCGGCGUCUGGCAGGGACCGAGCUCGAUUCGACCGCCUGCAAGAGGUGCGAAGGGUCCACGAUCAGGCCUUCGACAGAUGGCUGCCGCACAUCACCCUCAUCCCACCCUUCUUCAUCUCUGGCAACGAGCAAUUCCUCACGAGCGUCGACGAGGCCGGAAAGGCGCAGGAGCCGGACGACGCAAGCGCCAACGACGACGACGGCAUCUCGAAGACGCUCACGGAGCUGUCAUCUCGGCUCGAGACGGCGUGCAGGCAGCACGAGCAGCAUCACCUCCUAGUCGACCAGGUGUCGAGCUUCAAGCUGAGGGCCUACACCAACAUCCACCUCCGGCCUGGCCGCACCCGGCUGCAGCCGUCGGCAGCAACCCCUGGCGAAGACGAGGUUGUCGGCGAGCUCGAGCGCGACUUCCAGGCAAUGGGUCUCGCGCGAGGGUCGUCCGUCACCAUGGUCGAGGGCCACGAGACGAUCCUGCGUCUGCAGCAAGACCUGCACGCCUGCCUACUUCCCGUGACACAGGCGGAUCGAGGUGAGAGGAGGGCACGAGGCCAAGCAAAGGGCAAGCGUGGGCAGCACCAGGGCCGAUCCAGAGGCGGCCAGGCAGGUGGCUCUCGGGGCCGCAGCCGUUCCUCGUUCAAGCCGCAUAUUAGCGUGGGGCAGGCCAAGGACGACGCGGAGAGAACGAGGCUGUUUGAGCUGUCGCACGAAGUGCUGCGCCACGGAUCAGACGAGGGACAGGACGCGGAUGUCGCCGGCUCGACGACCAAGGGCAUCGUGUGUAGGGUGGACCGGGUGACGCUGCUGCACAAGCCCCUUGAUCGGCCGGGCGCAUACGACGUCUGGCGCCACUUUGAGCUGUCUGACCCACGGGGCGGUCUUUAG